UCAAGCUUCUCCAUUUUGCGUCAGACAUGGCAUCAUUCUGGGUUUGGGGUUUGGGUUUGUGCAGAGAAUCGGAUGUUAGCAUUAUCGGCUGUUCUGAGGAGACAGCAGUUCUUGAUAAGGGCUCUUGGAGUAGGAGGAAGUCACGGCGGCAUCUCUCAUCACAGAACAAUGCAAGCGGUGAAGUGCAUGAGUGGAACCUCUCUGGAAGCCGAUGCUGACUCUAUUUUGAGGGCAAUUACUCCGACUCUUGACCGGAGUAGGCAUAAAGGCCAAGCAGGAAAGGUAGCUGUUGUUGGUGGGUGCCGUGAAUACACUGGUGCACCAUACUUUGCUGCAAUUUCUGCUUUGAAAAUUGGUGCUGAUUUGUCGCAUGUCUUCUGUACAAAAGAUGCUGCUCCUGUUAUAAAAAGCUAUAGUCCUGAAUUAAUAGUGCACCCUGUCUUAGAAGAAUCAUACAGUGUUAGUGAUCUUGGGGAUGAGGACAGAAGACAGAUAACAAGUGAGAUUCUUGCAGAGGUAGAUAAAUGGAUGGAAAGAUUUGAUUGCAUGGUUAUUGGUCCAGGCCUUGGAAGGGAUCCUUUUCUUCUGGAAUGUGUGAGCAAAAUCAUGAAGCAUGCUAGAGAAUCAAAUGUUCCAAUUGUCAUAGAUGGGGAUGGACUCUUCCUUGUAACAAACAGUAUAGAUCUUAUUAGUGGUUAUCCCUUGGCUGUAUUGACUCCAAAUGUGAAUGAAUACAAGCGUCUAGUUCAGAAAGUACUUAGCUCUGACAUUGAUGAUCAAGAUGCUCAUGAGCAAGUACUGUCUCUAGCCAAAAGGAUUGGUGGUGUGACUAUCCUAAGGAAAGGAAAGUCUGAUAUCAUUAGUGAUGGCGAGAUAGGUAUGCAAAUAGAUGACUAUUUAAUUAUACAUUCAAUAUUGCUAAAUCUUGUUAUGUUUAAAUGAUAUAUGAUCUUUUUUACAUCAUUUGAGUUCAGAAUUUUUCGCUCUUUGAGAAAAUUGCACAUAUGGUGCUUGUGAUGGAGACCACAACUCCAUGCAUGUGACAUCUUUUGGACAAUCACAACAUAAGCUGAUUACCGUGCACAUCUUAAACUCCAGAACUUUUUGAUGUCACAUAUCAGUAUCUGAGUUGUGACUUCUUUGGUGCAUGAUUAAAUGUGUUGAUCAUUCAAUUAUAAAGAUCAUGACAAUAGACCCAUUACUUGUUUACAGUUUCAUCAGAUUGAGGUUGUGGGAGGGUUAACCUGUCUGCACCUUACAUCUUUUUGUUUUUUGAUAAGCAAAUGAAUUCAUUGAAGGGAGUACAAGGGGUACUCCAACCCUUUAAAAGAGUAAGGGGAUGCACCUUACAUCUUAGCCCUAGCACUUAUGCAUGGAGUCCAACAAAGGUACCUUCUCAUGUUAUACUUUUUGAUGCAUUAUGUAGUUCAAUCAGUUAGCAUCUAUGGAUCCCCACGGCGUUGUGGUGGCCAAGGUGAUAUACUUUCUGGAAGUGUUGCAGUAUUUUUAUCUUGGGCACGCCAACUAAUCUCAGCCACUGAAGGAAAUUUCACCAUUAGUCCAACAAAUCCAACGAUGUUGGGUUGCAUUGCUGGCUCUGCCCUACUGAGGAAGGCUGCAUCCCUGGCGUUUGAAAAUAAGAAAAGAUCAACCCUCACCACUGAUAUCAUCGAAUACUUAGGGAGAAGUUUGGAGGAUAUCUGUCCAGCCUCCUAGUUUUGUGAAUCUCCAAAGACGCAAAAUAAAUAAAUAUCGUUUCAGUAAAAGUUUGUUCCUGGACUGCUCAUCUUAAGAACUAAUAAUCUCUUUGGUUUUAUGUGAAAUGUAUAACAUGUCAUAAGUGGGAGAGUUUUGAUUAAUAAAAUAGACUUCUUGUU